GUGUUAUUUAGUGUUAAUUAUUGCUUUUAUUAUUAACUUUUUUAUUGUUUAUUGUGCAAUUAAUGUAUCUACUCAAUUUAGUGUGAAUAUUAUCAUUGGAUUAUUAAUUUGAAUUUCAAUUCCCAAAAUGGACCAAGAAGCCUUUGAAGCCUUGGCAGACUACAACCUGCAAGAAGUGCCAUUCUACGAAGCGCCCCGACCGUCAAAACUGCGUAAAACAGUCACCUUCCUACCUUCAUACACCCAAAAUGUUGAAGACCCCACAAUCAAUAUGAUCCUGAAAGAAGAACCCGAGGAGAUCACUCAGCAACGUGGAAUUCGCAAAGUGCCUUCAUUAAAUGACCUCUCCGACGAAGAAGCAUCUCUGGAACUUCCUGCCCAAGUUCCGCCGUUAACCCCGGGAACAAAUAAGAAAAUGUCAGAAGCCUUGAAAGCCUCAUUUGCAUCGUGGGAGAAAGAACAGAAGUUUUUAUGUAUCAACAAAGACCCCAGGCAGUGGACAGAGGAUCAUGUCGCGCAUUGGCUAAAAUGGGCUGCAAAAGAGUUCUCUUUAGAAGGUAUUUCAAUUCAAUCUUUCCGCAUGAGAGGGCGUGAUAUGUGCGCUUUGGGAAGAGAGAACUUCUUGGCCAGAGCACCUCCUUUUACUGGUGAAAUUUUGUGGGAGCAUUUAGAAAUCCUGCAGAAAGACUUAGAAACUACGACAUCUUUACAAAAUGUGCCGUCUGAUAUUUAUGAAUCAGUUUGUGCACCUGAUAUGUCUUCCUUCCUACAACAAGCACCAAGACCACAAAGGAUGUACCCAGAACCAAUCCAAUCGCCUUACCACCUGAUGAUGCCCAUGCAUAGAGGGUAUCCUUUGAAGGAAGAAGCUGCAGCUUAUGGCUUACGAACUAUUGAUGACUUAUGUGCGGUUUCUAAUGAAUAUCAGCCACCAGCUGCACACAUGAAAACUAACAUGUAUCAACAACAUCCAUAUCCUGAGCCAACGAGAGGAGAUUUUUAUAACAUGCAAGAAAAAUAUUUCCAGAAACAAACAAAUCCUUAUCAACGCUACCCGGAUCCUUAUGGCUUUCCAUCUCCUCCAUCAGUGCCUUAUCAACAACCUGGACCAGAACCAACAUACACACAGCUACCUGAGAAACCAAUGAACCAAUUUAACAACACAAGUGGACCUGUUCAAGGGCCAUGUUUUACUGGAUCAGGUCCAAUCCAAUUAUGGCAAUUCUUAUUAGAAUUGUUGACUGAUAAAACUUGUCAAGCAUUUAUUUCAUGGACUGGUGAUGGCUGGGAGUUCAAGCUGACAGACCCAGAUGAGGUGGCAAAACGCUGGGGAAUAAGAAAGAAUAAACCAAAAAUGAACUAUGAAAAAUUAUCGAGAGGUUUGAGGUAUUAUUAUGAUAAAAAUAUCAUCCACAAAACUGCAGGCAAGAGAUACGUUUACAGAUUUGUUUGUGAUUUACAAAAUUUGUUGGGCUACACUCCUGAAGAGUUACAUGCAAUGGUCGAUUUGAAACCAGAACAUAAAGAUGGCGAAGAAUGA